AUGGAGGCUGAGAACUGCACCAGGUUCACUGAGUUCACGUUCCUGGGACUUUCAGGCAGGCAGGACGUGCAGCAGGGGCUCUUUGUGCUCUUCCUGCUGGUUUAUGGCAUAACCGUGGUGGCCAAUCUAGGGAUGAGCCUGCUGAUCCAGAUGGACCCCAGACUCCACACACCCAUGUACUAUUUCCUGAGCAAUCUGUCCUUCUGUGAUGUCUGCUACUCCUCCUCUGUCUCUCCCAAGAUGCUGGCUGAUUUCCUAUCUCAGCAAAAGAGGAUUCCGUACAAUUUAUGCGCUGUCCAGAUGUACCUUUUCGGGACCUUUGCAGAUGUGGAAUGUCUCAUGUUGGCUGUCAUGGCUUAUGACCGUUAUGUAGCCAUUUGCAAUCCACUCCUUUAUACAGUGGCCAUGUCCAGGAGAGUCUGUACCCAGCUUGUGGCUACUGCCUACAUUGUAGGCUUGGUGGAUUCAGCAAUCCACACCUGUUGUACAUUUCGAUUAUCCUUCUGCAAUUCCAAUAUCAUCGAGCACUUUUUCUGUGACAUUCCACCCUUGCUAGCCCUCUCCUGUUCAGAUACAUCUAUAAAUGAGAUUUUGAUGUUCACUUUUAUUGGCUGUGUUGUGGGCUGUAGCAUCAUCACUGUCCUCCUCUCCUACAGCUACAUCCUAACCACCAUCCUUAGAAUGAACUCAGCCGAGGGGAGACGCAAAGCCUUCUCCACAUGUGCCUCCCACUUAACCGCUGUGGCUGUGUUUCAUGGCACACUCCUGUUCAUGUAUUUCAGACCCAGCUCCAGUUACUCCAUGGACACGGACAAAAUAGCCUCUGUCUUCUACACAGUGGUCAUUCCCAUGUUAAACCCACUGAUCUACAGCUUAAGGAAUAAAGAUGUGAAAGAUGCCAUGAAAAAAGUAAUUGGCACUAAUUUGUGUUUUCACCCCAAAGUAUUUACUGGAAGAUUCUGA